AUGCUUUCGUUUCGGCCGCAACUUUAAAGGCAGUCUAAAUACGUGUUUACUUACAUGAGUAUGUACACAACACAUGCAUGUAAAUAUAAGCCUUUGCAUGUGUUUAGGCCGCAAUUUGUACUACAAUCCAAAAAUGAAACCAUUGACGAAUUACCUCUGCUCUUUCAGCUCAGGCUCAAAAAAUAUGAUAUUAAAUCAUUAAAUACCAAACAAAUGUGAUGACUUAAGUAAUGAUGUAAUGCAUAGAUACUAGACAGACCAUCAGCUUCUGAAGUUCGAUUUUAAAAAAUGGACGCUGCACAACAAUCAACAAUAACAGCUGGGAAUUUAAGGAGCCCAGAAAAGGAACAUGUUACAGCUUUUGCCGGGACGACGGGCAAUGAAAAUGGACGAGAAGUUCAGACUUUUUCCGAGGACGACGAUGACUACGUUAUUGUGGAUAAAGCACAGAAUGGUUGUGAAUACACAAGACUUGAAAAAAUGGGAAAGCAGCACACACCACACAAAACAUUACAACAAAUUAGCAUUGAAUCUAAGCAAUCAAAUGGACGGCAUUCCAUGAGUGAGACAAUAUGUCCGGACCCAAGUGGUGCUAAGCCAAAAACCCGAAAUAUUGUAGAUGAUAAAAUAAUUCAAACUUUACCAACUGAAAAUAUUUCAGCAACUAAUAGUAAGCGGGUGCAGAUAGGCAAGUUCUUAGAAGGUAGCAAGAGAUUUCAUAAUGUAGUCCAAUCAAAAGAUUGCUGUGAUCUUCGUCAAAGCGAUAUUGACGGUCCCCAAAACAAGCCAGAAUCCGAAUAUCCACAAUUAAAAUGCGUAUAUUCACGACCAAUUUUUCUGAAAUCACAGUCGUUGGAAAUAUACAAUGAGCCAAAUAGCUUCCAAAUAACACAAUCUCGUCUGUUACCAAACAUUAAUGAAAACUAUUCCAAUGAUAAUCAAAACCAAACAGCGCAAGCUUCCGACUCUGUAUCUCAGCUAACAAAGAGUAUCGACCAUCUGUUAGAUUUGAAUGGCGAAGAACUCGAUAAGUCUACUUGUGAGGCUACAUGUUUAGCUCAGCGGCCUCAUAUUCCUUUAAACCUUCAAUCAAUGGAAACUCGUCCUAUCUAUCCGAAUGUUCCAUAUAGUCCGUAUGGCAGUCCAUUUGGCAGUCCUCGAUCGAAUCGACGGCGACCUCCUCUACGCGAAUCACGGAGAAUAUCAAUAGAAAGAUCUGGAAGCUUUCUACAAUUAAACCAAUACAAACUAAUGGACCAAAUUGGGCAGGGCUCAUAUGGACUCGUAAAAUUGGCAUAUUCUGAAGAAGACUCCACCCAUUAUGCAAUGAAAAUUCUUUCAAAGAAGCGACUUUUACGACAAGCUGGCUUAAUGCGCCGAGGUCCGAAGAAAACAACAUCUCCGCUGGAUCGUGUUUACAGAGAAAUCGCUGUUUUAAAGAAGCUUGAUCAUCCCAACGUUGUCAAGCUAGUGGAAGUAUUAGAUGACCCCAUCGAGGACUCCUUAUAUAUGGUUUUCGAAUGGGUAAAACAAGGCGAAGUUCUUAGAAUUCCAACGGACAAUCCAUUGUCAGAAGAACGCGUAUGGAGUAUUUUUCGAGAAACACUACUCGGAUUGGAAUAUUUACACUAUCAAAAAAUUAUCCAUGCGGACAUAAAGCCUGGAAAUUUGUUGUUAACGGAGUGUGGACACAUAAAAAUAGCAGAUCUUGGUGUCUGCAAUGAAUUUCUUGGAGAAGAUGCUAUAAUGUCCAAUGGCUCUACCGGUGGAACCCCUGCCUUCAGGGCCCCCGAAACCUUGAUAUUAGGACAGAACGUGUAUUGUGGGAGAGCAUCAGAUGUCUGGGCAUUGGGUGCGACGCUGUAUUCCUUAAUUUUUGGCAAUGUGCCGUUCUUAGCAGAUUCCAUUCCCUUGCUCUAUGAAAGAAUACAACAAGACCCGGUAGUGUUCCCACAAAAAUUAACAGUCAGUGAAAAUUUAAAAAGAUGCAUUUUGCACAUGCUAGAAAAAAAUGCUACUCAGAGAAUAACAGUGCCAGAGCUAAAGAUAAACGAUUGGGUCACCACUAGCGGUGUUUACCCAUUGCCCACUGAAGAAGAAAACUGCUGUCUAGUACAAGUUGAUGAAGAAGAUAUAAACUCCGUUGUCCGCAGCAUUCCAAAGUUGGACACUCUUAUAUUAAUAAAAACAAUGUUAAAAAAACAUUCUUUUGGAAAUCCAUUUAUAAAAGGUGUAUCUGGCAAGGCAUUACAACCAGGCGGUUCUCGAUUAGAAAGAUUCGUACGCGCUGGACGAUCAAACUCAGCACCAGGCUCCUACCAAAUGUCAGUCGACAGGUUUAAGCAACCAUCCACGGAAUCUUUACUUCCAUCUUUAACGGAACAUUCUACAAGUAAAAUUAGUGAAGAUACUUAGAUUUAAUUUGAUUUAGAUUUAAUGCAGAUCAAAUUAUUAUUUUUUUAAAAUCUGUUUUCUUUAUUAAUUUGGAAUACAAAUAGCAACACAGUUGCAAUGAAAUAUACAUAGCUUUUAUGGAUAAUGUUAUAUUGGCAUUAGCCAUUGGUUUUGUGUUAUAUUUGUAAUUAUUUCUAACGGGUUGCAAUUAUGAACAAAAUGUUUUAAUACUUUAUGAUUGAAUAAUUGCUUGCUAAGAUUGUUAAAGCUAUCUACUUUUAAUAAUAUCUGGAUAUUAUACAUCCAAAUAUAAGAAAUAGGUUCUAGACGUAGUAGAUAUGACGUUGAUAUGAAAGGAUGCAAUAAUAAAACUUAAAUAAAAUAGCAAACACAAAUAUAAUGAGAUAGAACAACUGGGGAAAUACUUUUUGGGACCAUUUAAAAUUUACAUACACAUGUGGACAACGAAUACGUUAAGCUAAAUUCUAAUUGGCAACA